UUUCUUAAAGCUGUUUGAGCCUUGUGACUUCGUCUCUUGUCGAGAGGCUUAAACGUAGCGUCUGAGGUAUAAUUAUAAAGGAGCAGCUCACUUCGGCUCAGUUGAAGUCGGCGGCAUUGCAGAGCGCAGACGAGUCCACACCUUUCCGAGAAAAGCACGAAUAGGCGCAGCGACGAGGAGUUGGCGACAGGUGGGAGUUCCCAGCCCGGUCUCUGGAGCUGCCUUUACACAGCUCUGUAUCAGGACCGCUGUGGUUACUAGCUGAGCUGCUAUACCAUCUCGGAGGAACUGCGCAACACUGCGGCUGUUAAUUCCUGGGAUUCAACUGAAGACUCUUCGGUGUUGGUGCGUAAGAGCUCUACAACGGCAUAACUUCUGUAUAUACUUGUCCCAGCGGCCCCCUCUUCCGCCUCCCGACCCCGCCUGGCGAGGAUGGUGCGGCGAGAUUAACCCAUGGGCAGAUCUCCUACCACCCUGACCAAGCUGAAACUGGGGAAGCUCAAGGUCGUGCGGCGCCAGCUCCUGCAGCGCUACGAGCACCAGCCCUUCAUCUCCUGCCUGGCGGGGCUCUAUGGCUGCCAUUGGAAGCGCUACCAGAGAGCCCGCGCCCAGCCUGGGGAAUGCUGCUGCAGCAAGUUGGAAUGCAGCAGUUUUGGAGUCCUGAUAGUGACGUUUGGGCUCAGCUUGGUGUUUCUGUACUUCUGGAGCGAAGCCCAAAAUGACUACAAUGAUUUUGACUGGUUCAGUUUUGGAAAGUUUGGGUACUGGUUCCCCUGGUCAGUGGUGCUGCUGGUUGUAGCUGCUGUGCUGUUCACCUAUGUGGCUGGUUUGCUGGUAUUAGCAGUGUGUUUGCUAACUGAAGGCCAACGGUUGUAUUUGCACUGGAGCCACAAGAUUGGAAUUCUGGUCACUCUGACAUUCUCUAUCAGUGCCAUCACAGUGUUGACUGAUUUGUGGAAAGAAGAAUGGAAAACUCUCUUACUGUCAUUUCAGGUCACAGCUCCGUAUCUGCAUGUGGGUGGAGUUUCGAUGAUGACCCUAUUGUCCUGGCCAAUAGCGUUACACUUCUUCCGCAUGAACAAAAGAGUGCGGCAGGUGCUGAUUCUGGGGGUGUAUCUGGCAGUCUUGUUCUCUCUGUACUUGGUGCCUCUGGGCAUGUACUCUCCCUGUAUUAAAGAAGAGGGGACCCUGGGUCAACCCCCUGCCCUCAUAGGCCACAGAGGAGCCCCAAUGUUUGGUCCAGAAAACACCGAGAUGUCCUUCAAGAAAGCCAUUGAGCUUGGAGGUGAUGGUCUGGAGACAGAUGUCACCAUCAGUUACGAUGGAGUGCCUUUUCUCAUGCACGACCGCCUGUUAAAGAGAACCACUAACAUCCAGGAGGUGUUUCCCAACCGGAGCAGUGAGCCGGCUGCCAUGUUCACCUGGAGCGAGCUGGAGGAGCUGAAUGCCGGAGCCUGGUUCCUCAAGCGCGAUCCGUUUGGCACGGCUGCCUCUCUGUCCGGUGAGGAUCGGAGCACAGCACAGAACCAGUCCAUCCAAACACUGAGAGGCUUCCUGGAGCUCGCCUCCCAGCACAGGAAGCUGGUGAUCUUUGAUCUGUACCGCCCCCCCAGAGACCACCCUUACAGGGACUCCUGGAUUAAUCAGACCCUUGAAGUCAUCCGCAGCAACUUCACCAUCGAUCCAAGUCUGGUUCUGUGGCUUCCCAGUGAACAGAGGAACAUGGUGCAUGAUGUGGAUCCCUGGCUGCAGCAGACCUCUGGAGACAAGGCCUCCAUUGAAGAGCUGCAGGAGAAUAAUAUUGUGAAGCUGAACCUUCACUACAGUGCCAUGUCAGCUGAGCAGAUCAGUAAAUAUGCUUCUGUGAACAUCAGCACCAACCUGUAUGUGGUUAGCCAGCCCUGGCUCUAUUCCCUGGCCUGGUGUGCGGGCGCCCAGUCUGUCACCACUAAUGCAAUCCACAUCCUGAAGGCACUGCGCAGGCCGCUGUUUCUGAUGACACCAGAGGAAUACAGCCUAAUGUGGAUUCUGUCAGAUGUGCUCUCUGCUGUUCUCAUUGCUGCUGUGUUCAUAUUCCAUUGGUGGCGAGAGAGGGGUCUGCCCUGCUGUUCGGGCAGCAGACAGACGCAUGAAAACGGUCCAUACAGCAAGUUCAGGACUGAGCUCAGUGACGUGUGGUCCAUCUCCGGCGUGAGCGUCCGUGGGGAGAGCAGGACCCCGCCAGCCGCCCCACACCUGCCCACCAUCUCCGAGCUGCACGAGCCGCCCGUCUGACGCCCGCCGCUGGUCCGCUGCGGAGUGGUCAGCAGCUGACCGCUUGGGUUCAGCCCGCCCCCUUCCUCCCAGGCCCCGGAGAGGAAGACGCUGGCUUUCAGGAAGCCGUCUGGAGAAAGCUGGGACGUUCUUUCUUAAUACAGCUGUUGUGGGGGGGGAAAAAAAUACAACUAUUUUUCUAUAACCAGGAUCACUGGUCGUCGCUGGAGCAUCAUUUGUAAGCUGCUUCAGCUCCUUUCUUUAACUGCGAAAUAGGACAGAACAUUCUCGUGAAAGAGGAAUUUCAUUGCCAAUAUAAGAUUUUAUAUACACGUUUGUUCACGUGUGAAUGGGAUAUCCACAUCGGCAGUAUAACGUGGCAACAUGACGUUUUAACAGUCUUGUACGAAUGGGGUUGUGUCCGGUGUGUAAAUGAGCUUUAUUAUCACUAUUUUAGAGUUUUGAAUUCCGAAUGUACUAUAAAGCACAGGGCACUAUUCUAGUCUAGUGCAUGUGUCUGCAUUUACCUCUAAAAAAGAACUAAUCGCAGAAUGUCUAAAUAUUUAUAUAUUUACAUAUGACAUGUAUACUGUAUGUAGCUUUCAGGGAUAUCCUUUCUCAAUUAAUAGAGAAAGAUGAACUGCAUAUUCAGUAGAGUGCCAUAGGAUACAGUCCAUGAAGUACGCAGAACACCACUUUAAGUGUCUCGUCUUAAUGAAAGUUGUCCCAAUAGCAAGGUACCCCUGACGGUACAGUAGCAACUGGCAUAUUGCAUAACUUGUUCCCAUGCAAAUCCUGACUAAGCCAGUUUCAUCUUGGCUUCUAAAAAUCUGACAAUCUUUAAAAAUGGUGACAAUGCUAUGUUGUUUUAAAGUAAUUGCAAACUUGUCCUCCUGAUUGGGAAAUAAAAAGCUUAAAAUAGAUGUUUUAGAUGUUAUGUCUUAGGCACUAUAUCGUAUACCCCAUGAUGGAGGCAAAAUAUCCCUAUUUCAGUUUUUUUUCUUUGCCUUAUUCUGACUUUCAACACUUCAUGUACUGUGUCCCUUGUAGCAUAUAAUACACUUGCUAAAGUGGAGCAGAGAAACUUUUAGUUUUUUGGUGUUAAUUUUUAAACAAGCAGAUGAAUGUGUGCAUUUAAAAUCUGAUAAACAUUAAAGCGUUGAACAGUGGAGUUAGAAUGCAAUAUGGAAUUGCAUGGGAUUCGAAUUAGGAAAAAAAGGAACAAAUAUAACAUUACAUUACAUUGCAUUGCUUUAUAUUAUAAUAUAAAUAUAUUUUGAAAUUGCAGCCAAAGAGCUACUAUGCAUAUUUUUUUUAUUAUUAGAUACACUCCCAUAAAUGCAGCAGAUGUUCUUGAUAAAAAAUGAGCAUUGCUAUUGUAGCAUUACUGGCUAUGAACGUCUACCACCAGAGCUCUUUUUCUUUAGAGCAGGGCAUCAAAAAGACGUCUUCAUUUUAGACAAACUGCUGUAUGGUAAAGUGUAACAUUAGCUGCUUCUCUUUGUUAAUUAUGAAUGACUGACAUUACAAGGUUGAGAUUUUUAUUUUUGUUUCUUAUCAAAGGACUGAAACUGUAGAUAUUUUAUUAUCUAAAAACAAUACUGAAUAGGCCCUUCUAUAACGGCAUUUUCUGCUUGAUUCUACGAUAUAAAGGACUAAGGAGGGCAUAGAUUGUUUUUAACUACCGAGUUUCCAUACAGAUGACUUGGAUUAACGUAUUAUUUUUAUGCGAGGGCUGUAAAUCAUAACUUAAGAUGACCAUUUUUAAUAAAAUGCAAAAAUGAGAAUUGU